UAUGUUGAAUUGGUUAGCAUAGCUCAAAUUGGAAUGAAUAAUAACUUGUUUGCAAUGUCCUUCGUCUCCAGGAUUCUGGACCAUUCUAUGGUCUGGUUGUUUUUAUUCUUGUACUUUCGUAGUACUCCGUCUGAGGUUGUAUAUGCCCGAUAUUCUUGUCUCUGGUACUGUGUGACCCGACUCAAUCCUACCGUAGAUGUACCGGAUCUUUCGUGGCACGAACGAUGUAGCCGUGCAGUCCUGUACUCACUACGUGAUGCAUUUCGUGAUCAGGUAUGUGCUUGUGAGACGUGAUAUGCACCUGGGCGUUCUUGCAGUCCGUAUGUGGGAGGAAACGCCGAUGACCCUACUCCAAGGUCAGAUUCAACAGGAGCUAUCGAAGCAUGAACCUGGAUGCUGUUCUUCCGGCACGUCGUAUGCAGGUACGAAGUUAUCUUCGUGUAGCAUACCCCUGGCUUACGAAGUGGAAGAGCACGUCGAGAACAGCAACGUGCCUGCUUUGCACGCCCUGCAGUACUGUCAUGGUGGAAUGAAACCCCGCCAUCCUGGAACACAUCAGAUCACGUAUCGUGCAGCAAUCACACCGCCGUUCUGGCUGGAUCGGAGUAUAAACCCGAUGAUCGAGACUGCCGUCAGCUGGAGCGAAUGGCUGAAGAGAUGGAUGAGCGACAUUCUUCCUGUAGAACAUCCUCUGCGAUGCCUGGUCAAAGGCACGACAACCUUGAAUAAGUAAUCAAGCCUCGGAAGGUAAGAGAUGGUUUGAGCACAUAGCAGUCGGGACACGAGAACCCCGGUUCAUGUCAUAUGGAGCGAUGGCAUCAAGCUCGACAAAACCGUCGGUUGCUGAACAGCACUGAGUCACACCCGCCCCUCCCGUGCUGCUCGAGUCAAUCUU